AUGGAACAGGGUGAAGUCCGGCGUCUCCUCAAAGAUACCUUCAGUAUAUCUCAAGAUGCAGAUUUUAUCGUGCAUCAGCCAGCCAUUCAUGAAGAUGUGUACUCAUACAAGUAUGAAGAUGGGCCAGGCCCCAACACCCAGGACCUCAUCUUCGAUCUCACACAUGGAUCUAACACCCCUUGGAAUGCGAAAAUUCUUGAUAUGCUCGUUAAAGAAUUACAAAAGAGGAAUGUGGAAGAGCAGUCGGAUGGCUAUUAUAAAGCGAUACUUGAGGAUCGCUACAAGUGGCUGCGGAUGGCCUGGAGAGCAGCGCAACCAAAGGUCACAGCAAAGGGCAUCUUGGAGACUGUGGCAGAGGUGGAGGAGAGGUUGGUCACAAAGAGAGAUGAAAAUCUGAAGUCGGUUUGUCAAACAACUCGUCGACAAAAUAAAUAUAUCUGCAGAGCAAAAAUUCUUCAGCAUGUUAUCAAGCUGAAGAAGGAUGAUGAGGAUGAUGACCUACCAGCUUGGAUGUGGCUUGAAACAUUAAUCAAGACACUGGGAGAUGGUGGCAUGAGUUCAGAAGAAAGCGAUGUGGGCAACGACCUACAAUGUGUACUCUGGGUCAAGAAGAUGGCAUGGCAUCACGGGAUAGAGUGA